CCCCAGCUGCCCCGUGCGGGGGGCGGUGCGGCGCGCGGGUGGGAGGGCUGUGGCGGCCGGCGGCGAUAAGGGGCUGGCGCUGCGCCGCCGCCGAGGCUCCCAGCGCGGGGGGAGGCAGCCGGGAGCCGCCGCCGCGCCAUCGCCACCCCCUCGCCCCGCCUCACGCGCCGCACUGAGGCGCGUGGCCGUGCCCGCGCGUGUGUGUGUGCGUGUGUGUGAGAGAAGCGGCGAGCGUCGCCCGCCCGCCCCUGCUCCCGCCGCUGCCGCUGCCGCCGCCGCCGAGCGAUGCUGGCCCCGGUGCCUCUGUGAGGAGCCGCCAGGUUGGAAAGCACUUGGAAGCUGGCCAGAGAAAGCUACCAUGUUGAAAUUAAGUAACUCCUCCACCUUCUCUUCAGGCUUUCAUCUUUUCAGUAUUGUGGCACUUCUGUUGUUCCAUGUGGACAAAGUGCUGGCAGAAAGCCCAAGUGAAGAGCCUGCCAAUAAAUCAGAAUGUUCUGGUUCGUAUAUUUGCAAGAAGGGCAUCAUUUUACCAAUAUGGGAGCCCCAAGACCCUUCAUUUGGUGAUAAAAUUGCGAGAGCUACAGUGUAUUUUGUAGCUAUGGUCUAUAUGUUCCUAGGGGUAUCCAUCAUUGCUGACCGCUUCAUGUCCUCUAUAGAAGUCAUUACAUCUCAGGAGAGGGAGAUAACAAUCAAGAAGCCCAAUGGUGAGACCAGCAAAACCACAGUGAGGAUUUGGAAUGAGACUGUUUCCAACUUAACAUUGAUGGCUCUGGGCUCUUCAGCACCUGAGAUUCUUCUUUCUGUUAUAGAAGUGUGUGGUCAUGGUUUCACAGCAGGGGAUCUUGGGCCCAGCACCAUUGUGGGAAGUGCUGCUUUUAACAUGUUCAUCAUCAUAGCAAUUUGUGUCUACGUGGUCCCUGAUGGUGAGAUAAGGAAGAUUAAGCACCUACGAGUGUUUUUUGUUACAGCAGCUUGGAGCAUCUUUGCCUAUACUUGGCUUUACAUUAUUUUAUCUGUCUCAUCUCCUGGGAUUGUGGAUGUCUGGGAAGGCUUGCUUACUUUUUUUUUCUUUCCCAUCUGUGUGGUGUUUGCAUGGGUGGCAGACAGAAGGCUUUUAUUUUACAAGUAUGUCUACAAGAGGUAUAGGGCAGGCAAGCAGAGAGGCAUGAUCAUUGAACAUGAAGGUGAUAGGCCAUCAUCCAAAGCUGACAUUGAAAUGGAUGGAAAAGUGAUUAAUUCCCAUGUAGAGAACUUUUUGGAUGGUACUCUGGUUCUAGAAGUUGAUGAGAAGGACCAAGAUGAUGAGGAAGCCAGGAGGGAAAUGGCUCGGAUCCUGAAGGAGCUGAAGCAGAAACACCCUGACAAAGAAAUAGAACAACUAAUUGAGCUAGCCAACUAUCAAGUCCUGAGUCAACAGCAGAAGAGUCGAGCCUUUUAUCGUAUUCAGGCCACUCGACUAAUGACUGGAGCAGGCAACAUCCUGAAGAGGCAUGCUGCUGACCAAGCUCGGAAAGCAGUCAGCAUGCACGAGGUCAACAGUGAGGUGGCGGAAAAUGACCCUAUCAGUAAGAUUUGCUUUGAGCAGAGCACCUACCAGUGUCUAGAGAACUGUGGCACAGUUGCACUGACCCUCGUUCGGCGGGGUGGCGAUCUGACUAACACAGUAUAUGUUGAUUUCCGAACAGAAGAUGGCACAGCCAAUGCCGGAUCUGACUAUGAGUUUACUGAAGGCACUGUGGUUUUCAAACCGGGGGAGACACAGAAAGAAAUCCGAGUCGGCAUAAUUGAUGAUGAUAUCUUUGAGGAGGAUGAAAACUUCCUUGUUCACCUCAGCAACGUGAGGGUAAGCUCCGAAGCCUUGGAUGAGGGCGUUCUGGAAGCCAACCAUGUAGCAACGCUGGCCUGCCUGGGCUCCCCCUCUACUGCCACAGUGACCAUCUUUGAUGAUGAUCAUGCUGGCAUCUUUACCUUUGAGGAGCCUGUCACUCACAUCAGUGAGAGUGUUGGAACCAUGGAAGUGAAAGUGCUAAGAACAUCUGGAGCCCGAGGAAAUGUUAUCGUGCCCUACAAAACCAUUGAAGGCUCAGCCAAAGGCGGAGGAGAAGACUUUGAGGAUACUUGUGGAGAGCUUGAAUUCCAGAAUGACGAGAUUGUGAAAUUCAUUACCCUUAAAAUACUUGACCGUGAGGAAUAUGAGAAAGAGUGCAGUUUCUUCCUUGUGCUUGAGGAACCAAUAUGGCUACGAAGAGGAAUGAAAGCCCUGUUGUUGAAUGAGCUUGGUGGCUUCACAAUAACAGGGAAACUUUUGAACGGCAAACCCGUCUUCAGGAAAGUCCAAGCCAGAGAACAUCCGUUUCCUUCAACUGUAAUCAGCAUUCAAGAUGAGAAUGAAGAGAAGCAGCCACUGACAAGCAAAGAGGAGGAAGAGCGGCGCAUUGCAGAGCUUGGGCGUCCAGUCCUGGGAGAGCAUACCAAGUUAGAAAUCAUUAUUGAAGAGUCCUAUGAGUUUAAGAAUACUGUGGACAAACUCAUUAAGAAGACAAACUUAGCCCUUGUAGUUGGAACAAACAGCUGGAGAGAACAGUUUAUUGAAGCUAUCACUGUCAGUGCUGGAGAAGAUGAUGAUGAUGAUGAAUGUGGGGAAGAGAAGCUGCCCUCCUGUUUCGAUUAUGUGAUGCACUUUUUGACCGUCUUCUGGAAGGUCCUUUUUGCCUUUGUGCCCCCCACAGACUACUGGAAUGGUUGGGCCUGCUUUGUUGUCUCCAUCUUGAUGAUUGGCCUCCUGACAGCUUUCAUUGGGGACUUGGCAUCCCAUUUUGGCUGCACCAUCGGCUUGAAGGAUUCUGUGACUGCAGUCGUGUUUGUUGCACUUGGAACUUCGGUACCAGACACGUUCGCCAGCAAAGUGGCUGCUACACAGGAUCAAUACGCAGACGCCUCAAUUGGGAACGUCACAGGGAGCAAUGCUGUGAAUGUCUUCCUGGGGAUUGGGGUGGCCUGGUCCAUCGCCGCUAUCUACCAUGCAGCCCAUGGGGAAGUAUUCCGUGUCUCCCCUGGCAGCUUGGCUUUCUCCGUCACCCUCUUCACCAUUUUUGCUUUUAUCAGUGUGGGUGUGCUGCUCUACCGCCGGAGACCUGAAAUUGGAGGUGAGCUGGGUGGGCCACGGACUGCCAAGCUUCUGACAUCCAGCCUCUUUGUGCUCCUUUGGCUUUUGUACAUAUUCUUCUCAUCUCUGGAAGCCUACUGCCACAUAAAGGGCUUCUAAAGGAACAAUCAGAGAUAGUAAAUAUAUAUAUAUAUAUAUAUAUAUAUAUAUAUAUAUAUAUAUCUAUAUGUAUCUAUAUAGAGAAAUAUAUAGAUAUAGAUAUAGAUAUAACAUGUCUAAAGAACAGAGAAAGAAGAAAAGGCCUUUGCCAUGUUCACUUACCUGCUGAUGGAAUGCAGCUUUGGAGCAUUCUUUGUACUAAAUAGGAGUAAGAAUUAAGCAAGAUUCUAAACCAGGGGCAACAUCCUAUUAAAGGAGGCAUGGAUACAAGGCCAUCUUUGCAAAGCUGCCUGCAAGAGUGUAUGGUAAUGACUGAGUCCUUUGUUAUUUUUUUCCCUCCCCUGGGAGGAUUGGCCUGAAUGCAAUGUGGGCUUUUUUUUUUGAUAAGGUAGAGGCCAGACUAGCCAUUAAGAAACUGAGUGGUGAACCAGGGAAGGAGAGAAAUAAGGUAGCUCAUGACUUUCUUACAAAAAUCUAUUUGCCUUCAUGACUUGAGAACAUGCAUAUCUGUCCCCAUUGGAGAAAAGCAAGAGUCUGGACUGAAAAAGGAAGGUCAGGGGUGUGAGAGCUUUCUAAGAAUAUACUGUAAAGCCUGCUGCCAUUCUUGUUUUGACGCCCCGUUGAUUAGCCAGUUGUUAGAACACUGAGGUUUGAAAAAAAUGGGCGAUCUUUUUCCUUAUUUAUUUUGGGCUGUCUUACGAUCAGCAUAUGAUCCUCCAAAGACCCACCCACCGAGAUCAGCGAGCUCUCCCUUUCCUCCCGUCUGUGCUCUGUAGACGCGUGUCCAAAUCCUUCGUCCAAGUCUCAGUUUCAGUUCCAAAAGAAUCUUGUGGGCUUUCCUUUCAUCGGCCGUCUGCUCCCUGCCCAGCGCAGUGCAUUGCUCCUGUCUCAUGCUCCUGUUUGGGAAUGCUGUUGCGGUACUUGUAACACUUUGCAUGAAUGAAGCAAACUGUAUAUGUAUAUAGCAUCGAAUAGUGAUAGUCCACCCAGCAAUGUGGAUUGAACGUUGAAGACAUGCGUGAGUUUUCUUUUCACCCAGUUUUAUUCUUUUUUUUCUUUAGUUUUGUUGGGAUAAUGGGAGGGAAACAGUUUAUCCUUCGUUGCUCUGUGCAUGCGUUUCUAAGAAGCAAUAAUGAAGAGCUAUGUGACUGUGGAUGUGAAGGGGAAGAAUCUGUGCAAAAAACACCAUAAAAGGCUUCCAGAGUGAAACAGUGGAUCCACUGAAGGCAGUUGUGAGACUCCCAUUGCCUUCAGUGGUGCCAGGGUUUCCCCCAAGGUAGUCUGGUCCACAACUCACUGAAGUCCACGUGCAGAAUUUCACUGAUUUCAGGAAGUUUUAGCACAGGCCUACAAAGACUGGCAUACUGCCUUUAGGGCUGCAUCCUGCCUCCUUUGCUCCUGGGUCAUAGAACUUGGUUCUACAAUUGGUCCUUUAGAAAUCAAUGGGGCAAAGUCCUACUCAGCCUGAUGAAGAGUGGCAGCAUCAGCCUCCCUCUAUAAGCAAAACAUGGCUGGGCUUCACCAGCACCAGUUUUUUCCCAGAACACUUCUACAUUUUCUCUGUCUACCACCAAUAGCAGAUAUCAUUAUUAACAGUGGUUGCAGAAUCCCUGCUUUCCAUUCCUGGUGUCAUGUGCACCCAUCACUGAUAUUCAGCUACAGCCCUGCGAGCAAACAUUAAGCCAUGAGCAAUCGGUGGGUCUUUAAAACUGUAUCUCUUCAAGGGUCACUUGAAGACUGAACAGUUCAGUGUCAGGUUUAGAGGAAUAUCAUUGUUUCCAAGCUCUCUGGUGCUCUUGGUUCUGCCAUUGCAAUGUUCUUACCGGAGAAGGGCAAAUCUUGCAUUGUCCAGCAGCGAAUGCAUUUAUCACUAGGGAUUAUUAUUUAUUAUUCACUGCACACCAACAAUGCGCUCGCUCGAUACUAUACAAUGCACAGAUGUCAAGAUAAUCCCUGCUCUGGAGAACUUGUUUUCUAGAUAACAGAUAUCAGCGACUGAAAAGGAAAGAGCUCCCCCUAGCUUAUUUGCUUUUGUUGUGUGUGUUCUUUACGAAACAGUAACUCAGGAGGAGGGAUUUGAACCAGGAGAGGGUUUGGCCUGGGGUUCCACAUGUGCAGAGCAACACAGAAUGACCUUUAAGAAAAAAUCAGAGAAGAGAAUCAAGGCUUCACAGGGGGCUGCUAAGCCCAUCUACUUGGACCAUACCUCCCUGCCCCCUCCCCCCCCACUUUCCAACUGUUACCUGUGUGAUGGAUAGCUAUAGGUAUGCAGAUGCACAGGCAGACACAGUCCCAGCUCCUAUAGCAAGGUGCACACAAGUGCUACAUUUGAGGGCUGGCAUGAACACCUUGCACAAAGCAGAUGGCAGUUUAAGGGAAGAUUAGGGCCCAAUCCUGCCAUUUAUGUUUGGAGGUCACCUGCUGUGAGUCACCCCAUUAUCUCUCAAGGAGUCACCCAUUGUAAGGAAGGGUGGUAGAACUGGGCCCUAAUGGAUCAUCCUUGCCAAAGUAAAUGAGAAGCCAGGCUUCAGGGUCACAACACAGUGGUUCCUAGCAUCUCUUCUGCCUCCCUUGUGACUCCCCUAAAAUCAAUGCAGUAAAGAGAAUUUCACAUUUAAAGUCCAUGGAAAAUCUGAGUACCAAUCAGAGGCUCAUGUGUGUUUGUCUGUAUGUGUCUGUGUGUGCAUGUAUAUGUAUAUACAUACAUAUAUGUGUGUGUGUAUGAAAAGUAUAUGCACAUAUAUGUGUACACACAUAUAUAUAUUAUAAAGCUAGAUCCUCAAUUGACGUUCAUCAGCAUCACUCAGUCAACUUCAGCAGAGAGAGAUGCCAAUUUGUAAACCCAUUGAUUAUCUGGCCCUAAUUAUUGCAAAAGAACUGUUCAGCAGAGAAACUGCAGGGAUAAAAUUCUGCAUCUGCCCUCCUCAAUGUCUCUUUCAUUUGCAUUCUUUCCUUGGCCUUGCUUGUAACCCAAGCUAGCCUAAAUCAUACCCAGCACAUCACUUGGUAGUUUCUUCUGAUCUAGCUGGAGGUUGUGUCUGACGUUUCUGUAACAAUUGGCUGGGGUAUUUUGCACUUGUUUUGAACAAUCUGUGGAAGACUUUAAUUAUCCUGUUGUAAGUUUUCAUUUAGGAAUAUAAUGAACUUUUUUUGUUCUUGUAGACAUGAUUUUCACUUUAAAGGGUUUUUGUUCCUUUUAUUGUUCUUUCUUGGGUAAAAAUGAAAAGACUGAUUCAGGGUGUUCAGGGUUAUUAUUGCAUUUGUGUACAAUGAUUUCAUUUUCAUUUGUUUGCCUUCAUUGAUUUUUAUUUGUGUGUAUUGUCCACAACCAUAGUCAGUGAGUACACUAAUUGUGAUGAUCCGUAUCUAUGGUACACAGCCACACCGAAAAAUAAAGUUUCUAUUGAUUCCUGA